ACGGAAAUCGAAACAAGCUUAUUAUUUUCGGAAAAUCCGGGUUUUCCCGGUGUACAAUAUAUACCACGCAAUCCGGCCCGUCUUUAACGCUAGAAUGGCGUCGAUUGACGGGAAUCAAAAUGAGGCAUACUACCUACGUCUCCAUAUGCUUGUUAUGGAAGCGCAGAAAGUGCUUCGAGCCAAGUUCGACUCUAUCAUCAAACCUGCUCAAUUAACUAGCACGCUCAAAGGAGUACAAAAAACUAUAGAUCAGCUAAACAAACGUGGAAAAAUAACCAAUGAACAAUAUAAUUCGUUGUAUCCUAAAUCGCCAAAUCCAAAUCCUAAUUCAGAAACGUUUGAUAUUACUUUAUUGGUCUGCCUUCUUCGAAACAUCUGUAAUUUAAACCCAAAUUCGAAGGUAUGGACCGAGAAAGAUAACACUAAAAUAAAAGGCUAUACAGACCAGGAAAACAUCCUGCGUAUCAGGAACUUGCGAAACAAAAUGCACCACAAAAGCGUUGCAAGCUUAGAGCAGCAGGAGUUUGAGGACAGCUGGAAUAUUCUCGAAAAGGCCAUGGUUCAUCUCGGGACCAGCUGUGGACUGCACGAUGUUCAGAACAAUAUUAACACAAUCAAAACAAAAACACUGGAAAUUCUCACACCGGAGAUGAAAAGUCUUCGUGAAAACACUUUGUGGUUUCUAAAAAAAUAUCAAGAUGAGAGGCAGUAUUACGUCGUGACUAAGUUUUGGCAUCAGGCCGACAAGAUGUUAACAGACAAAAGCCUAACAGUACUAACUGGACAUCCUGGCGAAGGAAAAACCACAAUGGCAGCUUACCUUGCGUUGCAAAGAUCGAAACCUGAAAACUGCUUAAAACUUGCACAUGCUAGCGAUUGGAGAAAAGUAGACUGGUCUCUGAAAUUGUUCAAUACCGUCAUUAUAGACGACAUAUUUGGAGCUGGAGCUUUGAACACCACUUAUCUUGCAGACUGGAAAACGUAUCUUCCUGAAAUAGAGAGGGCUGCAAAGGCAAAGCGAUUGAAUGUUAUUAUAACGUCCCGACAUUAUAUAAAGGAGGAGGCCCUGGAUGAUUUGAAUAACAAUUCAAUAUUUAAAGACAAAGAAGGAAACAUUGUACAUCUUGCGUCAGAUGGUUUGACCAAUGAAGAGAAGAGGGAUAUUCUUCGCUUGCAAGUCAAACGAACUGACACAGAACAUCUGCUUUUUGAAAACCAGGUAGAUAUUGACGAAUGCGUUUUGAAGUCCAAGGGAACGAUGAAUCUAGACUUUGCCAGGACUGAAAACUUUGUAUUUGGAUUCCCACAGUGCGCCAAUUUGUUUGUUCAGAGUGAAAAAAUCAUAAUAAAAUUUGGAGCACAGUUUUUUGAAAACCCAGAGGCCCACUUCAAAGCAUAUAUUGAGCAGCUGUACAAUCCAAAAGAUGACGACAUUUUUCAUAAAUUUAUUGCUCUUGUCAGUGUCUGGGCAGAACAGACUGGUCGAAUAAAAGCAGACCACGUAAGAAGUCCGUCAAGCGCUUCAGAUCACAUUAAGUUUGUGGCAAAUAUAUUUGACAUCAAAGUUGACCGUAAAUUCAUGGAAAACAUUAGCUCUUCUUUAAAAAGUCACCAGAAAGAUUUCCUGAUUUAUCUCGACCAUUCUGGCGAAUAUAAGUUUAGUCACAAUGUUAUUGGAGACAUGGUUGGUGUUGUUCUCGGAGAUCCAAGACACAAAAUUGUAGAAACAAUCGAACUGUGCCCGCGAGAUUUCCUAAUGGACAGGAUUCGUUUAGACGACGAGGCGGCAGACGAUGAAUUUCGUGUAAUUGUUGGCAAAGAUAAUUACCAUCAUCUGUGCAAAAAAGUGGCAAAAAUGAUUCUGCGAAAAGACUGUAAUAAAAUUGGCCGAGAAGAUUAUUCGCACGAAUUUCAACUGCUGCAACGUAAAGGCCCCAGAUCAAACACAAUUGAAGUUCUUCAUGAUCUCGAUUUCGGAAUUCUUAAACACCCAAUCUUCCAAAAUAAACAUUUUGUUGGAGUAUUUAUGAAAGUUAUUAAAGACGAUGGCUUGGAACAAGACAUAUUUAGGCAACCAGUCAUGAAAAUGACUGGGUACUUCUUAGAUUACGGCAUCCGCAUGAACGAGAUGACAAUGUGCAUCCCUGGCUAUACACUGUAUAGUAAAAUCAGUGUCCUGGCCAAUGCCUUGAUUGAAAACAAUUUCAUUCAGAAGGAUCACACUGACCCUUUGCUACUUGCAGCGCAUUCAGGGGAUCUCGAGAUGAUAAAACUGCUUUUAUCAAAGGGUGCAAAAGUAUCCGGGGAUACAAUUUAUGUGGCUAUGCACAAGAAACGUCGUCCAGACCAAAAUUGUCUGAAAAUAAUACUUCAGUAUCCAGGUAUUGCCAUCAAUGACAGAGGAAAUGCAAUCAAUGGCAAUUAUCCGCUAAUUGUAGCAAGCAAAAAGGGAUUUCAUGAUGCCGUAAAGUGUAUGCUGGAAAAUGGAGCUGACCCUGGAGUUCAAAAUGACAAAAACUUGACAGCUUUGCAUAAGGCCGUUAUUUACAAACACACUGACAUUGUGCAGGAACUAUUAAAACACGGCGCUCCGCUUGAUAUAAAGGGGGGCAAGUUCAAGAGAACUCCGUUGCAUAUUGCUGCUGAUGUCGGAAAUAUGGCUUUGGUGAAGUCACUUCUUUCGAAGGGCGCGAAUGUCGAAGUCAAAGAUCACCGUGGUCAUUAUCCAAUCUUCCUUGCCGCGAUUCAGGGUCACACUGCAACAGUUGAAGCGUUACUGCAGCAUGAGCGAAAGCAGGAUCAGUUACGAAUAAAGUCAUAUGGCAAGGCAUCAAAAAUUAAAGGAAUGUCAUUAUUUCAUGUUGCAGUAUGGAAGAAAGACAAAGAUUUGAUGGAGAUGCUCAUACGAGAGAAGGCUGAUCCAAAUGUAAAAGAUUUUUUUGGACAAACUGCGUUGUUUUUUGCAAUAAUGCAUGACUGCAAACCAAUGAUUAAAUGUUUAUUACCGUAUGGUGACAAAGCAAUUCAACAAAAGCAAGGAUUCACUCCGUUACAUGCUGCUGUAUUCAAAGGAAACGCCAAAACCACAUCUCAACUAGCAGUUAACGUUGAUGUGAAUGCAAGGGAUAAAUAUGGAAGAACACCUUUGCACGUGGCGUGUGAAAAGGGCGACAUUCAAAUCGCAAAUCUGCUUCUGAACAAAUACAAAGCUGAUCACCGGAUGAUUACAAAGAGGGGCGACUCUGUGUACCACAUUCUCCGCAGGAAAAAAUUAAACCAAACAAACGAUGAACAUUGCAAACGCAGGCUGAUAGAAAUUCUUAUCAGUACGAUCGAUCCGACAUUUAUUGAAAGCAUAUCAAAUAAAUCUAACCGCUCUGGUAUCAGCAUAGAUAAAAAAACAAUGCUGACAGCAAGUGACAAAGCAGUUAUUGAGGGACUCAUUACUACAUUGUCGAUAGAAAAAUGUGAAGAGAGCGACGAAGAAGAAGCCCAUGAGCAAUCCAGCAAAGGUUCACCUCCUAAAAAGCCCAAGACGGGUAGACGGAGUCCAGAUUUUCUUGACAGCGACGACGAUGAUAACUAUGAUGACGACCCCUUGCAGUAUUUGGAUUUCGGCUCUCCCCUAGACUACGAUGAAUACGACGAUGAUGGCGAUAUUUUUUAACGACGGCGAUUAUUUAGUAAACAUAUUUGUGCCUAAUGAUGUUGUAUAAGUAAGAGCUGUCACUGUUCUCAGUUUCAAUACAGAUGAAUCAAUGAUUAAAUAACUAUAGUGAUUCCUAUGCGUAAACAUCAGAUGUAGUUACAUAGAAAGGAGUGAUAUCUAUCUUGACUUGUAUAUAGACACAAUUAUUAUGUAUUGAUACAUUAUGAUCUAUUGACAUUAUAAAGAACAUGUUCAAAUGUGUCAAGUUAAAAUGUAACUUACAACGUUGUUUACAUUUAAAGCGAUUUUAUUUCGACCUCAAGUAAAUAUUUAGGAAUCAAGUUUAUUUGAAACAUUGUUUCGCAAAGAAUUGAGUAACAACAUUUAUCUGAUCAGAAAUGCAAUUAGCUUUAAAGUGUUUACCCAUACUUUUGAUCUUGCAACACUUUUAAGUCAGAUGAUGUAUUUUGUUGAUUGUGUAUGUUUUAACAGCACGUUUGCAGAGAACAAUAGUUGACACAAAGAUACAUCACUAAAAUAUUGAACUAUUAGUAUUAUUCAUCGAUAUAGAAUAGUGAAACCUAUAGUGUCUUAUUAGUAAUAUGUAGUUUUUAUCUAUUACACUUAGUGAUCAAAUGUUUUCAAAUUAUGCUAUGUUAAGUUAUGCAAUGUAUAUAUGUUACAGUAAAUCUGGGAAACUAGGAAUUUCACGAAAUUUCUAAACAAUUCUGGAUUUUCGUGAAAUGACUGUUUCACUUAGGGACUUCAUGAAUUUUCUCAGGAAUUUCGCAAAAUGUCGGAAAAUGGUGACACAAUUUUACACAGUUUUACUAGAGGCCUUUAAGAAGAUUCAGGAAAUGUGUGAAAUAUCCUUGUUUGAUUUUAAUGAUGACAUAAUUAUAUUUCUUUCUGUUUAAUAGUGUAAUACGUAGUUAAAAUGAUACCAUUGUAAACACAUAUUGAUUAGUUUGUUUUUUUAAUUGUUUUUUGAAGUUUUUAUAUGAUCUUAUAAUUAUUGACAUAUUAGCCGCGUCAUGUGAAAAUGGGCUUUAUGUCCUAUGCGGCCAGCGUAGUUCCAGGCUAGUCUGUGCAAUCGCGUAGUCUGGUCAGGAGCAAUGUUGUCCGCUAUAAAGUUCCGCAAGGCUUCAUGGUCUCCUUGGCGGACAGGGUAGCUUCUAUCACACUGCGCGGAUGUGCAGGCUUGUCUGGAGCUAAUCUGGCCGCCUAUGGCAUAAGACCCAUUUUCGCAUGACGCGGGUCAUAUUGAUUUGUCUGUAUAUGUGAUCUUUUUCUAUAAAGAAGGAAUGUAGUUGACAAUUGUUAAUAGUUUUAUUUGAUCGUUCGUCAAAAAGUUGUAACUCUGUUACUCUUGUUUCUUCAAUGCAAUUGAGUAAUUAAAUAGUAAUUAAAUUGAAUGCGUUUUAAUUCCCUUUUAUUAUUGUUUAAUUUGAGUUACAAUGCUAUGACGUUAAAUUUUAUUAACACUUAAAUGUAUUAUGAAUAUUGCUGGGCCAAGUGUGAGGUUGAGCGCUCUAUAACCAGGUUUAAACCCCCAAUGCUUUGCAUUGACCGUUCCAAGGCGGUGACCCCAGCUUAAUUCAUAUUUUGUGUUUAUGUUGGUUUGUAUUGUGCUGUAUUGUGCUGUUUUGUACUGUUUGGGCAAUCGGUCACUUGCCUUAAAUAAAGGACCAAUUAAUUGUUUUAAUGAAAAUUCAAUACUGUUCCAGCAGCUGGAGUUUCACUUCUUUAUAUUGUUAACAGUACAAAUUGAUUUCCUGAGCUAUUAAAAUGUGUUAAAUGUAAAUACGGGCGACAUUUUGUUUAACCAAUUUAAAAAGUUAUUAUAAUUUGUAGGUUUGCUUGCGUUAACUUACAAAACUGAUUGCAAUACAAUUUUAUAACUAGUAGACUCUAUAUGAAGGUAAUCUUUGAGGCUAAUAAUAUGAGUUCUUAUGUUAAUGAAAAUUGCUUCAAAUUAUCAACCAAGAAAAAUCAAAGUGACAUCACCUUUAUUGACAGCACACUAAAAGAAUUUAUGACCUCCGUAAAUAUUGACCGAAAUUACCAUUAGUCAAUUGUAGUUUAGUUACAAUCGCGUAAAUAAAUAAAAAAUCCGAAUAGGAAAUGAGUGUCCAAAUACAAAAACAGUGACAUAAGAGACAUCCUUGUAGCGUGGAUGAGUGACAACAAUAUUCGAGAUUGGACUGUCGGGCUUAAGUUUACCCAGCAGCAGAAUUGUUCCCAUCAUGCUGGAAUUAAUCAAACUCAUACAAUGCUCUCUUCGGAGAGGACCCAAAGAUUGGAUCUUCCAGCCUGCCAGCUGAUAUCAUUGAAAGACUUCAAUGUGAGGAUGAUUUAAUUGCGCUUUGUCAUCCAUCAACUGAUACCAACUAGCCAGUUAAAACUGCUACUACUACUACUACCAACCAGUCACUGCCAACUGCUACUACUACCUACUAGCCAACGAGAACUACUUGCUCCUUCCAGCCACUGCCAACUGCUACUACUGCUCAUUGGGUCACUGUCGACCUGAAAUUGCCCACAAGUCACCCGGGGGUGACUAGAAGCCGAUUCAUGUCACCCUGGGGUGACUUCAAGCCGACGCUUGUCACCCCCGGGUGACUAGAAUCGGCUUCAUGUCACCCGUGUAUUUUUUAUCAAACGGCACCGCAUCUAGGUAUCCAAUAUAGGCUAUAAUUAAUUUAGUUUUUUUAGACAUUUAUCUCCACUUUUGUUUUUAUAGUACUGUAACACAAAUUCCCUUGCAUAUGAACGACCAAAUCAUGUGUUUUUUUAAAAGUAAAAUUGUUGUCGAGGGUGACUAGAAUCGGCUUGAAGUCACCCCUGGGUGACAAGAAUCGGCUUCAUGUCACCCCCGGGUGACUACAAUUGGCUUCAUGUCACCCGGGGGUUGUAGUCUCUCUAGGGUGACAAGACUCGGCCUCUAGUCACCUCCGGGUGACUUGUGGGCCAUUUCAGGUCGACAAUGACCCAUUGAGCGCUACUACUACUACCAACCAGUCAACGCCAAUUGCUACUACUACAAACCAGCCACCGCCAACUGCUACUACUACCAAUCAGUCACCGCCAACUGCUACUACUACCAACCAGUCACCGAGAACUACUUGCUCUAUCCAGCCACUGCCAACUGAUACUACUACUACCAACCAGCCACCGCCAACUGCUACUACUACCAACCAGUCACCGAGCACUGCUUGCUCCAUCCAGCCACUGCCGACUGCUACUACUACUACCAAUCAGUCAACGCCAAUUGCUACUACUACAAACCAGCCAACGAGAACUUCUUGCUCCAUCCAGCCACUGCCGACUGCUACUACUACUACCAACCAGUCAACGCUAAUUGCUACUACUACAAAUCAGCCACCGCCAACUGCUACUACUACCAACCAGUCACCGACAACUACUUGCUCCAUCCAGCCACUGCCAACUGCUACUACCAACAUACUAUAUACGUUCAUACGUUAUGCAAUGCAUUUUUGUUUAUAAAAGCAACAUUCCAUACAUAUGGACAGAGAACACUUAGCAGAUAUCGUUUCUAAUGGACAUCUUACCAAACCAAACUGCUGCAAACAUAUUCCAUUUAAAUUGGCAAAAUAGAAACGUUUUGGUAAGUUUUUCGCACAUAAUUAUUCUCCACAAGCUUAAUCUGGUAAUGCAUUUGAGGUAAAUCGGCAUGACUUUUAAUACAAUAUAUUUUACUUAUACAAAAUGUCUACAAUCAAAAAUAUUAAUAUAUAUUUUUAACGCAUUACUUACAAAAAAUGUUUUAACCCAAACUGGACAUUAUGAAAGAUCAUGAAAAGUGAGAACGCAACAAGUGUAGCUUAUAUUUCUGUUCAAUUAUAUAUUUUUACAUUUUUGUUCUUCUAGUAAAGCUGCUAAAUGUGUUCGAAAUGGUGGUUUUAGAAAUGAACUAAAUCGAAUAAAAACUCGUGUUAUAAGUGUGUGUAGAUAACGGUCAGGCGCAGUUUGACUCGAAUUUGAGUUGGUAGUGUUAUGUAAAGUUUGUAUUAGGCUAUCUUGUAGUAUAGACGUUUUAAUAUUAAGCAUAGGACAAGACUCCUGUUAUUUACAACACGGCGAAAGCAAGAGUAAUUAGUACCGCAAUUUGAAAACGUGUGUCGGCCUUACUUUUAAACUCAUUUAAAAAGGGUAGCGAACAUCAUAAGCGAUAAAACCUCGAACGUAAAAUGUUAUCAAUGGACUAUGGAAUUGUAUUAAUAUUUUUAUUUAUUUAUUCAUACGUUGUCAAAUUAAAUGUAGUCUUAACUGUAAAAUAUUAUGAUUGAUGUUAACAAGGUGUUCAUUACA